AUGACACAAACAGACCGCAUCCUCACAUUCUCUGAUUGUUUCGUCAUCAGCUGUGGCACAGUAUGCUUAGACCUUAAUCAACGCGCUGUUUUGAUUCUAAGGCACCGCGGGAAGAACCAAUUUUACUUCCCCAAGGGUCGCAAGAACCGCGGCGAGACUCUAGAGGACGCGGCCGUGAGAGAAACCUACGAAGAAAGUGGAUACCCUUGUCAACUGCUGCAGCAUAAUUGUCUGUCGACAAAGGCUCCCUGCCCAAACCAAGACAAAAGAAGUCUUGAUUCGCUCCUUGACAAGAAUGUUGGCGAAAAGAAUGAGCUGCAUACAGAGCCUUUUGCAGUUCAGCAAUGGGUUUAUCAGGAUGGAGUGCGGAAGUUGAUUUUCUGGUUUCUUGCAACAGCAGAUUCGCUGCAGCCCCCGCAUGAAAACACGCAAGAUGAAGGCGAGGAGAAGGAUAACUUUGAGGCGCAUUGGAUUAAUAUCGAGGGUGCACUGGCAAUGCUUACAUUUGAAGAUGAUCGGGAAUUAAUCCGAAAGGCACUCGAGGUAUUGAAACUUUCAAAAACAUGA